AUGAAAUAUUUCUUUGGAACUUCACUGCUCACUUGUCUCAUUUCGGCACUUGCCAACUCUACGGUAAAACCGCCACAGAAAGCUCACUGCAGUGUGACUCAACUGUGUGCACCAAACUGCACUAAAAUCGAGCAGCAACUGGAGGAAAUACGACAAGAAAUCAGGGCAUUGAGAGAAAAUAAAACUACUGGGUCUGGCAACGGAAAAGGUUUGUAACAGCAACUUAAUUUGUGCUACAAAUAAACAAAGUGGAUCCUCGUUGUCAUCAAUACCUCACUAAAAUACUGUCAAAACCCCUCCAAAAAGUCACGAAAGUAUUAUUCUUAUUUUACUAAUGGGUCAUUUAGAUCCUCCUUUAUUAUGUUACGUCCAAGCACAAUGCAAAACAAAGGGAGGGCUAAGGCGAACAUAUAGUUCAAAUGUUUAAUACUGAGUCUAAAUAAUGCAUUUACAGCUAUGCAUGUGCCACAUUUUAUUCUUGAAUUUGCCAACUCUUAUUUUGGAUUAACCUUUUACCUCGAAGAAUAACGGCUAGACAAAAUAGCCAAAAACUAAGGACUGCAUCGAAUGAUCAUUUUAUUUUCAGUUUACAAGAACUGCGCUGAAGUCUACAAUUCAGGUGACAAGAUCAGUGGAGUGUAUAAAAUCAAUCCUGAUGGUCUGGGCGAAUUUGAAGUGUUCUGUGAUCAGAAAACAGCCGGUGGAGGUUGGACGGUGUUUCAGAAGAGGCGAGAUGGCUCUGUUGAUUUCUUCCGCGCUUGGGAUGAUUACAAACGUGGUUUUGGCAAUCUGAACGGUGAGUUCUGGCUCGGUUUGGACAAGAUACAUCGGCUGACUGUAAGUGGUAGUUAUAAACUCCGUAUCGACUUUGGAGACAUUCAUGGAAAAACUGCAUUUGCUGAGUACAGCUCCAUUUCUGUGACAAGCGAGAGAGCGAAAUACCAACUGAAUUUGGGAAGUUAUUCAGGUAAGUUUAUACACUAGACUGAAAAAGAAUCAGUCGGUGAAAAAUGUUGCUAAUUGGCAAAUACAAUAAUAAAAGAAAAAAGAAAGAAAGAAAAUAAGAUUGUUUCCUUGCAAUUGAUCGUGAUUGUAAUGUGGAAGAAAUUAAGGUAUCUUUUCAUUGAAUUUUCAAGCUUUUUCAGUAAGUACAAGAUCUCUAUACCGGUUUCGUAGCUUUACCAAAUGUUAUUUUUAAUGUUCCUCUUAAGACCUUUCAGAGGACUUUUUAAUUUUGUUUAAAAAACCUAGAAGUGUUUCAUCCAGUUUGGAUUAAUUAAAGUGGACUGCGAUUGUUUAUGCAUGAAAGAGUGAAAUUGACCGUUUGAAAAACUCUGCGAAAGAUAACCGGGAAAAGACCUUUAAUUCACUUUUUCUCCUUUUGGGUAGGAACCGCUAGUGAUGCGCUUGUUCGUCAUCGUGGUAUGUCAUUUUCCACCAAGGAUCGUGAUAAUGACAAGUGGAAGAGUAGCAAUUGUGCCUUGCGUUUUAAAGGCGCCUGGUGGUACAGCAGUUGUCACGACUCCAACCUGAAUGGUUUGUACCUCAAUGGUAAGGACGAUUGUCAAGGAAUGCGCUGGAACAGUUGGCCGAAGCGUACUGACUGCUACUCUGUCAAGAAAACUGAGAUGAAGAUACGUCCAAAAGGUUUUUGAGAUAUUUCUGACACAUUGUGCUAAAUAAAGCGUAUGUCUCUUGAGGUCUUAAAUUCUAACAAUAAAUAUUUUAAAUGAAGUUAAAAUCAAGUAAUCUUCUACCAGACAAAUGUAUUGAAAAACGCCAAUGUCAAUGAUUCUGGGUUACAUAGGUGAUUAACAAGUACACUGUAAUAGAGGCGCUUCAAUAAAUGAGUUUAUUUGGAACCAAAUAAAACAUUUUAUGUCUCCCCUUCCAAUUUCUUUAAUGUAUGGAUUUUUGGGGGGUGGGGUCGAUUGCGGCUUCAAAGGCUUAGAGGCUCUCGAAUGUGAACUUUGAAUUAUCUCACAAUGGUUUACGAUCGCAUGACAAUCACAAGACGAAAAGUAAAAUUACUUUUGGGUAAUAAUCACGAGCUCCUAUGAUAAGGCCACUCGCAGUAAAUUUACUUAGCCUCGAUCUCAUUAUCUCGCGGAGAUCCUUUAUAGAGGGUGCAACCUUUUCGUAAAUCCUCUCGGUCUGAAAGCUGACAUCAAGCCAAAUCUUCGAUAGCUGACCUGCUUAUCCUCUGAACAAGCAAUCGACCCGCCUCCGCCCCAAUCUUCCACCUAUUUUACUUGCUUUAGGUAUUUCUUGUAGUUUAGUUGCUUUUUUCUUCUGGCCCUCACCUUUGCUAGACCUAUAAAUUCGUAAACAUUAUUUCAUAUUUUAACAUUGAUGAGAUGAUUUUGCAGUUUUGAAUAAAACCGGCCAUUAAUGUUUUUAAUCCCAGACCACAGUCUCGGUUUUCUUUGUUUCCUAAGUUAGGUGCUCUAGCAAACAAAGCUCGACUGUUGGCAGUAAAGGGGGGUUUAUUGUUAGUGUUUUAGUAAACCGGGGAGGAGACAUAAAAACAUUAAUCACUUGAAAAGUUGUAUUCAUCUGAACUGUUUGAAAUGAAACAGCCGGAUUGCAUUUUAACCCAGCCAAUGAAUGCUUCUCUACAGGACUUUGCUGUGGGGCUGUUUUUUUAUGAGCUGUAUACAGCUGAUGUUUCUCAAUUUUGAGUCUGUGGAUGAAAUCCUAAAAUAGCCAAAAACUAAGGAACGCAUCGAAUGAUCAUUUUAUUUUCAGUUUACAAGAACUGCGCUGAAGUCUACAAUUCAGGUGACAAGAUCAGUGGAGUGUAUAAAAUCAAUCCUGAUGGUUUGGGCGAAUUUGAAGUGUUCUGUGAUCAGAAAACUGCCGGUGGAGGUUGGACGGUGUUUCAAAAGAGGCGAGAUGGCUCUGUUGAUUUCUUCCGCGGUUGGAAUGAUUACAAACGUGGUUUUGGCAAUCUGAACGGUGAGUUCUGGCUCGGUUUGGAUAAAAUACAUCGGCUGACUGUAAGCGGUGGUUAUAAACUCCGUAUCGACUUGGGAGACAUUCAUGGAAAAACUGCAUUUGCUGAGUACAGCUCCAUUUCUGUGACAAGCGAGAGAGCGAAAUACCAACUGAAUUUGGGAAGUUAUUCAGGUAAGUUUAUACACUAGACUGAAAAAGAAUCAGUCGGUGAAAAAUGUUGCUAAUUGGCAAAUACAAUAACAAAAGAAAAAAGAUAGAAAGAAAAUAAGAUUGGUUUUUUUUUUGACAUUCAGUCGUGAUUGGAAUGUGGAAGUUAUCAGUUGAUUUUUACAAUUACAAUUGACCUAGGCUUAUUCGUAAUGUCAUAUUAGAUCAUAUCAAAAAGUUUUAAAAGGACAAUUGGCCCAGGUCUUGAGAGUUCAGAAAUUAAGGUAUCUUUUCACUGAAUUUUCAGCAAGUACAAGAUCUCUACCGGUUUCGUAGCUUUACCAAAUGUUAUUUUUAAUGUUCCUUUUAAGACCUUUCAGAGGACUUUUUAAUUUUGUUUAAAAAACCUAGAAGUGUUUCAUCCAGUUUGGAUUAAUUAAAGUGGACUGCGAUUGUUUUAUAUGCAUGAAGGAGUGAAAUUGACCGUUGAAAAAACUCUGCGAAAGAUAACCGGGAAGAGACCUUUAAUUCGCUUUUUCUCCUUUUUGGUAGGAACCGCUAGUGAUGCGCUUGUUCGUCAUCGUGGUAUGUCAUUUUCCACCAAGGAUCGUGAUAAUGACAAGUGGAGGAGUAGCAAUUGUGCCUUGCGUUUUAAAGGCGCCUGGUGGUACAGCAGUUGUCACGACUCCAACCUGAAUGGUUUGUACCUCAAUGGUAAGGACGAUUGUCAAGGAAUGCGCUGGAACAGUUGGCCGAAGCGUACUGGCUGCUACUCUGUCAAGAAAACUGAGAUGAAGAUACGUCCAAAAGGUUUUUGA